AUGGAUACUUGGUUUCGAACUGGAUCUUGUCGUAAGACGAAGCUGUCAAAUGAUGAAGGAACUAGUAGUAGUGGAACUACUAGUAGUGAGAUUGUUGAUGUGUCAAGUUUGAAUAUAACAAAGAAAACUAAAAUAUAUUUUCGUAAGUAUAACCCUGACUUUUUAAAAAUCGGGUUUGUAUUUUUUGGUACUGAGGAGGAGCCUAUGCCGCAGUGUGUGAUUUGUUUCUAAACGCUAUCCAACGAAUGUAUGAAAUUUUCAAAACUUGAAAGGCAUCUAUCAACUAAACAUCCUGAAUAUGUAGGAAAAUCUCUCGAUUUUUUUCAAAUCAAGAAAAAAAAUCUUUCUAUGACUAAAUCAGUCAUGGAAAAAUCUUCAAAACAAAACAUAACAAGUACCCAAGUUUCUUAUGAGCUUUCAUUGUUAAUCGCAAAGAAGGGGUCAGCUCACACUGUGGGAGAAGAACUUAUUAUUCCCACAGCAAAAAUAAUAAGUAAUGUUUUGUUUGAUGAAAAAUGUACCAAAAAAAUUAAUGAAAUUCCGUUAUCGAAUACGACUGUGAAAAGAAGAAUUGAUGAAAUGUCAGAAAAUGUGAAAAUAGCUAUUAUUACUGUCUUAAAACAAAGUGAAUAUAUUUCGCUGCAACUGGAUGAAAGCACAGACGUUGCUGGCCAAGCUAAUUUAUUAGCUUUUGUUCGUUUUGAGUUGAAUG